AUGAAUACGACAUUCGAUCCUCACGAUCGAAACAGCUGGUUCUUCGGGCCUAUGUCCCGUCAGGAGGCGAUAGAGCUGCUACAGCGUGAAACGGAUCCAGGAGUCUUCCUGGUGCGGAAUUCGAACACCAUCCAAGGAGACCUGGUUCUCUGCGUCAGAGAGGAAACCCGCGUGUCGCAUUACAUUAUCCACAAGGUUGCGCAGGGAGCUCAGACGAGAUUUAAAAUCGGAGAGCAGAUGUUUCCCGACAUGCCAAACCUCCUCCAGUUCUACAAGAAUCAUUUCCUCGACACAGCGCCCUUAGUGCGUCCAGCGUCGAAACCCGUAGAACGAGUCAGGGCUCGCUUCGACUUCAACGGCAGCGGAGACACGGAUGACCUGCCUUUCCGGAAAGGCGAAAUACUCACGAUCAUCUCGAAAGACGAGGAUCAGUGGUGGACAGCGAGGAAUUCCCUGGGUCAGACGGGUCAGAUACCGGUCAAUUAUAUCGAGAAGCUGGAAGACGCCAACAGCACGCCGCUUCCACAAUCUAUGGUGGGAUCAGUGGGCGGCGUCGCCAACAAUGGCGGGGUUGUCCACCUGCCACCUCCAACAACGAACCCUCCCGCACCCCCACAACCGCAAUGCAACACAAACGGAACUCAGCCACCGUCAAACGGAACCUCUAGUCAGAUCCGCUACACCACGCCACAGUUGGGACCCGCAGCAACGGGCAAUAACGGAGCUCUCAACGGAGGCGCGCUCGGCCAACGAAAUAGCCAAGAAAGAAAACUGCCAGCCAAGGCUCGUGUCAAACAGGCUCGGGUGCCGAACGCCUAUGACAAAACAGCCCUGCGUCUCGACGUUGGAGAUAUCAUUCUGGUGACUGCGAUGCACAAAAACGGACAAUGGGAGGGUGAACUCCGCGGAAAAACUGGGCAUUUCCCUUUCACGCACGUCGAGUUCCUCGACUCGGGGGACGAGGAAGAUGAAGCGUAAUCAGGCGCCUGCGAGGAAACACCAGAGGAGAAUGAAUGUUUUCGAAGUAGAACUACAGAAAAUAAUUUGCCUUCCC